CUGAAAUAACCUUUAUUUUUAUCCUAACCCUCAAACUUUUGUAUGAGUUUCUUUUUCAGGGACUCAGAUUAACAUACUCUUUUCUUUUCUCUGCAUCAGUGGUCAACCCAUAUGAUGAAAUCUCCAAAGACAUUAGAAUAUAUUACAUGUGCUUGCCGGUGCAGUUAGUGUUCUCUAGGGUCUAUCUGAAGAGUUGGAUGUGGGUGCAGUGGGUUGAGAGUGUAGGGGAGGAGGCAUAGGGGACUUCAUAUGUCACAUAAAAGCUGCCAGGAGAAUUGGAUGCGAGAUCAGUCGCUGAGCUUCCCGACGGUGAUGUUCUCCGUUCUCGAGAGUUCUUGGACAUUGUUGGAGCUACAAAGAUCAGCGUUUGCAUUGUACUCUUGUGGGUUCUUCUAUCUAGAGGAUAUGACGCGGAACUAAUGAUCCAAACGUUCCCUCAAGGCUCGUGGACUUUAGUUGUGUGAUGUAAACUCCUUUGAAAACACGUUUUUUCUUCGUCGGGUUACCGUUCACACCUCUACCAAUGGCAAAGAAUCUCACCAAAGUUCUUAAACAGCCUUCCAGCACCACGUAACAUUUACUUGAACUUGUCUUGUAUAGACUCCCAACAAACAUGGACUGUAUUCCCAUGCUUUAUUUUCUGUCGAGACAUCAUGAUUCCUGGUAAUCGAAUGCUGAUGGUCAUUGUAUUAUGCCAAGUGCUACUGGGAGAGAGCAGCUAUGCUAGUCUAAUACCUGAGGAGGGGAGGAAGAGAGUGUCGGCUCAUCUGGGUCAGAGUCAUGAACUGCUGCGUGACUUUGAAGCCACGCUGCUGCACAUGUUUGGCUUGCAGAAGCGCCCGCAACCCAGCUACUCGGCCGUCGUGCCACAGUAUCUGCUCGAUCUGUAUCGACUGCAGUCAGGAGAUGUUGAAGACGCUACAGCACAUGAUGUCAGCUUUGAUUAUCCAGAAAGAUCUACGAGUCGAGCUAACACUGUGAGAGGUUUCCACCAUGAAGAGCACAUGGAAGAGUUUCCUUCAGACGGUUCAUGGGAGAUUCCACUGCACUUCAUCUUCAAUCUCAGCAGCAUCCCUGAGCAGGAACUCAUUUCUACCGCAGAGCUGCGUCUCUACAGGCAACAGAUCGAUGACGCAAGCUCUGAUCCCCAACACAUAGGAGACGAGGGGCUCCAUCGAAUAAACAUAUAUGAAGUGUUGAAGCCCCCGCGGGCCGGCCAGAUCAUCACGCAGCUCCUGGACACACGGUUGGUGCGCCACAACACGUCAAGAUGGGAGAGCUUUGACGUGAGUCCCGCGGUAUUGCGCUGGACCCGUGACAAGCAGACCAACCAUGGCCUCGCCAUUGAGGUGUUUCACUUAAACCAAACACGGCGUCACCAGGGACGACAUGUGCGCAUUAGUCGUUCUUUGCAUCUGCUUCCGGGCGAGGACUGGGACCAGCUCCGCCCACUGCUAGUCACUUUCGGUCACGACGGCAAAAGUCACCCUUUGACGCGCAGAGUGAAGCGCAGCCCCAAGCAAAGAGGACGAAAGCGCAACCGCAACUGUCGGCGCCACGCGCUUUAUGUAGAUUUCAGCGACGUGGGAUGGAAUGACUGGAUCGUGGCGCCGCCAGGGUAUCAGGCGUACUACUGUCAAGGGGAGUGCCCCUUCCCAUUGGCCGAUCACCUGAACUCGACCAAUCAUGCUAUUGUACAGACGCUGGUAAACUCGGUUAACACCAACAUUCCCAAGGCCUGCUGUGUUCCCACCGAGCUCAGUUCAAUUUCAAUGCUCUACUUGGAUGAGACGGACAGGGUGGUCCUGAAAAACUAUCAGGAGAUGGUGGUGGAAGGGUGUGGCUGCCGCUAACCACAGAAAGGCGUGGGCACAUUUACAUUAAAUAUCCAUACCUGGACACUUAUUUAUAAUAUUCAUGUUGAGAUGUGUGUUUGUCUCGUUUCUUGUCUUCCUGACGAUAUCAUAUAUUUUGACCAAAAAUCUCUAUAUACUGUAUAUAUUAAUAUUGACAUAAUUAAAAAAAAUGAAAGUGUCCUUAUUUUAAAUAUAAUUCAGCUGUACAGCUUUUCAUAAUGUAUAUCAGAAUGUAUAAUUGUUUUUCUAUGAGAAAAUUAGAAAAAGAAAAGCCACUAAAGUUUAUUUACUGGUAGUAUUUAUUUCUUUAAUGCAAUAUACAUUCACAAAAAUAGAAAUACAUAGCCUCCCAAACCAACCACAUUUUUUAUCGUAAAAAGUUAAAUUCGUCAUUUGUGUACUUAAAAUAGAGCACUGUGUGAAAUCCUAGGAGAACUGAGUUUUUAAUGUAUCAGUUAAAGAAAUCAGAUAUGUAUUGAUGUGAGUCAAAUUCAGUUGUGUAAUUUACAUGUUCCCAAAACAACUGUUCAUUUUUUAAUAAAUAAUGAAGCAUUACACGUGAGAUUAAUAAAGGUUGUAUAUUUCCAAAAGUACAAAAUUAUGAUCUUUUUUCCCAGAACACAUGGAGUAUAACAGAAUAUGCCAUUUUUGAGGGGAAACCUUCUGAUUUUAUUACAGUUUACAGUUUUUUUUUUUUUUUUAUAAACAUAAUUUGUGCAACUGUUAUGUGCUACAUAAUGCAAAAACUUCUACAUUUUAUAGCUAGUGGCAAUGAAUAAAGAGAAGUGUUUUCUCUACUGAAAUACCAUAACAUUUAAAACCCCACCAAAAUACUUUCAUUUGCAAAUCAACAAAUUUCAUAAUAAACUCAUU